AUGCAUCCAAAACAUGUGAAACUGUGGAAGAUCCAACAGCAGAACAUGCACAUUGAGCUCGCACGAGCUGAUAACAUCAUUGUUGCAGCUCCGCACAACAACUCGGCGCAACCCAGAUCAAUUCCUCCUCUAUGCAACCGUGUUGCUCAGGAUCAAGCACUCAUUCUUGGAUUUAUUGCUGAGAAUUCUCUUCCCCUGUCAGUCACGUCUGGGAUUAUUGAAUUGGCUCAAGAGUUGGCCAAAGAUCCAAAAGCACUUGCUGAACUGUCAAUGGACAGGACAUCUGCCUCAUACAAGCUCACCCAUGGUGUGAAGAAGACUAUCCUGGAUGAAGUACUUGAGGAAAUCAGAAGUGUCCCCUUCUCCCUCAACAUUGAUGAGGCCACAAGCAAGACAAACAAAAGAGUAUUAGGUGUGCUUGUUAGCUACUGGUCUGAGAAACACGAGAGGAUGGUUGUCCAACACCUUGCAGCUUUGGAGAUCAUAUCUGUAACGGCAGAAUCUCUCUUCAGUGCACUGGAUGGGCUUUUUGAAAGGAUGAAUCUCCCAUGGGAUAAUCUGGUGUCAAUUCUCAUGGACUCCUGUGCUGUUAUGAGGGGCUCUAAAAAUGGCUUGGAAAAGAAGAUCAGAGACCGGCGUGCCCCUCAUCUCCUCGACAUCGAUGGCGACUCAUGUCACCACCUUCAUAAUGCCAGCAAGAAAUUGUGCUGUCCUUUUGAGCGUUGGGUUGAGUCUUUGCUGUCAGACCUGCACACAGACCACAAAUGGUCAGCUGACAUGAAAGAUGGCCUCAGAGAAAUUUGCAGCAUAUUUGGAAUCCAUUUCUCACGGCCAGAUUGCUAUAUUCCACACCGGUGGCUCUCAGUCUUGGAUGUCAGUCUGGAAACUUUGCGAAUGUGGGAUGCACUGGUCAUGUUUUACUAUGCCUUCCUGAGCAAUGAAGAUAAGUGUACAUACAAGGACGUUGUCAGUGCCAUUCUACAGAAGCGUGAAGUACAGAAAACAGGCAGGGCCCGGAUCAAGGAGUUGUGGAAGGAGUUGGGGAACAGGUCCAAGAACUUCACAAACGAGGGGAAGAUGAGGAAGGUCAGGAUUUGCAAGAAGGUGCUAUUUGAGGACAAGAAAACCCUCCUUGAGCUCCACUUCUAUUCAGUAGUCCUUCCCAUGCUGAAACAUUACGUCCUGCUUUUUCAGUCCAAGGACCCGAAGGUUCAUAAACUCCAUGAUGAGCAGGAGAAACUUGUCAGGGAGUUUUUAUCUUGCUUCAUCAAGCCAGAAGAAUUGAUUAACAGCAAAGGAAGAAAUCUGUCCGGGCCAAAGAUGAAGUUGCUUGACCUGACAUCGACAGAGGCCCAUCUCGCAGCACCUUUUGUUGGCUCUGAGGCCUCAUCCAUCCUUGACCAACUAGGGAGGGAACACCCUGUGGUGAAGGCUUUCAAAACUAAGGUAAUCCAAGCCUACACCAGCUGUGCAGGUGACCUUCAAACAAAGCUACCUCUUGACAGUCCAACCCUAAGGACUCUGUCAUUCUUGGACCCAGAUGCACGGGGAAGUCAUCACAUUCUUCCUCAUCUCCAGAAGUUGCCGAACAUGUUUUCAGCUAUGAAGCUUAAUGAACUGGAGAGAGCUGGAUUUCAACAUGAAAUACACAGAUAUGCAAGUGACAUGACACUACCUCAGAUGACAGAGGAGGCAAGAGUUGAUUUAUGGUGGAAUGUUUUGAGAAAGAUUCAGAGGUACCCAGCGCUCUGCAAGCUUGCACUGUCUGCUCUAUGCCCAUUUCAUGGUCCACAGGUGGAAUCAGCAUUCAGUGUAAUGUCCAACAUCCUGCAAUCCAAAGCUGCCAACCUAAGUGUUGAGACAUAUGAGUCCUAUCAAGUGGUCAAAUACAACCUGAAGGCCAUGCAGGUGUCGGCCAUUCAGCACUACUCCCGGAAGACAAAGGAGAGUCCUGUUAAUGUACAGCUGUGCAGAAAUAUAAAACUAUCGAGCCAAAGGUACAGAGCUCUGCUCAGAGAUAAAGAAGAACUGAACAAAAGGCCUUAUCACUCUGAGAAGCCGACGGCCGGCAAGAAAAUGGCAAAAGAUGCCAUCAUGGCAGCAGCUGUGAUUUGGCUAUUGGGGAUGGCGUGAAUUGACACUUCCUAAGUAUGGUAAUGCACAAGUUGCAAUAUGGAUUCACAGGUGAUUUUGAUAAAAAUACAUUUAAAUUAAGACAAGAUGUUAGAUGCUGUUGUUUGCACACAGAGAAUCUUUAUAUUUGUCACGAUGUGGGGAGUCAGGAGAAGGCAGACGGUAAAUGCGGAUCCAAACACGGUUUUUAUUAAUGUAUGUACACAGAAGAGAACACAAACUCUGGAACAAAUCAAAAGUCCACGAUGGGAAAAGUGAAUUCAAAACACAAAGUUACACACAGGUGAACACAAGUUGACGAACAUCCAUGAAGGGGAAAGGGAACCUCGGACGAACACAAAAUCAACAUCAGCGGGCAAGAACAGCAAACAUGAAACAAUCCAUUCACAAACAACAACCAACAGAGACUGAACAAACAGACAGGGUUAAAUACAUGAACAAGGGAAAAAGGGGCCAAUGAACAAACAGAACUCAAACAAGGUAACAAGGUGAUGAACAGAAACCAAUGGCAAAUUAACGAGGGCAGGUGAAAACAAUGAACGGAGAACACGAACGCUAACAAGAAAACUAUGGAAGUACAAGGGUGACAAAAGUGAAAAACUAAGGAAUUACAAAAGUGACAAAAAUGACAAACAAAGGGCAACAGUGAAACAAGACAAGGUAAUAGAAGAAACUACAAAGGACUACAAAAACCAAAACAGGAACUAAACUAAGCUUCCACAUAAAAGCACAAAACAAAAGACAACAGUGAACAUGACAAUAUUACCAAAGACUUUAUACCAUGUUGCAAAUUAUUAUGCAUAUGCCAUUUUUGUUUGUUUUUCCGAAACAGUCAGUAUGAUUAAGGAUUUUGUUUUAUCCUCAACAAUUAUUUUACAAUGUGGAUGUUAUUACAUGUGUAAGAACUUAUAAGGUCAACAGCUUUAUUGACAUUUUGAAAAAACACAAUGUUGUUCCAAAACAGUCAUAUGUGAUGCAUGGACAGAUGAUAAACAAAAUACAUAAAAAAAAACCACACAAUUUAAAACAAAAAACUAUUUACAGUUUGUUGUCCUGCAUAAAAAUCAUUUUAUUUCGGAAGGCACGAUUCUUCUUUUAUACCAUAGCAUAAAAUGGUCUGUUAGGAACUCCACAUAUUUUGCAGAGGUCAUUUUGACACCAUCAGGGACCCUAAAGGGACCUACCAUCCCACUUCCCAAUAUUCCAGCCCAAAUCAUCACUCCACCACCUCCUUGCUGAUGUCUCAGUCUUUUUGGAACAGGGUGGCCAUUCACCAACCAUCCAGAACUCCAACCAUCUGGACCAUCCAGUGUAGCACGGCAUUCAUCAGUGAAUACAAUUAGUCAGUUUGAAAAUUAGUCUUCAUGUAAUUCUGAGCCCACUGCAAACGUUUCUCUUUGUGAGCUUUGGUAAGGGGUGGCCAAAAUGCCAGCCUCUGAAGGAUCCUGCAUUGAGAGGUUCUUGGGACUGCAGAGACACCAGCAGCUUCAAAUACCUGUUUGCUGUUCAACAGUGGCUUUUUUAUAGCUGCCCUUUUAAUAACAUUAAUUUGUCUGACAGAAACCUUUCUAAAUAAGCCUUUAUCUGAUCAAAUUCUGUGUUGUGAAUCACUCACAAAUCUUUUGAGAGUUCGAUGAUCUCUAUUCAGUUUUCACAAUAUAUCAAUUGUUUUCAUGCCUUUUGCAAGACAUUAAAAAAAGCACUAUUUCACACUUUUCAUCUUCAGAAAGAUCUUUCUUCCUCCCCAUAUUGCAUGUGAACUGUGACUUGCUUAAUAAUGUGGAACAACCUCUUUAAGUAGGUUUAUCUUUACCUAAGAUCACCUGGCAAACUAAUUAACUAACCUGUCUGAGAUUGAUACCAGUUAUCUUAAAACAUAUGAGAAAUAAAACAAACGAACACUUUCUUUGAAAAACUAAAACCUGAAUGUUUAUUUUAAUUCAAUCCUGCUGAUAUGUUACUUGCAUAAUAAUUUGGAAUGUGGUGUAGAUAUACAAAGAUGGUGCACUCGUACUACUAUGAAUGGGAGAAAGUGCAAUGCGCAAUAUGGCAAAAUAAGUCCCACCUUCUAAAUAAAAGAGCCAAUCGCCAAUUGGUAAAGUCAUUGCGUCACUGCAGCUGCCGUUAGAAGCGCUGGUUGCUAUAGAAACAAUCGGUGUUCUGAGACGCACGCUUAGGACUGCACAUGCGUAUUGGCUGGUCCAGCCUGAAAAGGGCUGUUUUUGUUAUGAUUUGAGCAUUUAGAAACAAAAGUUGUUAGACAGUUGUUGUCAGAUUUCAUUGGUGAUUUCAAAUAUGAAAUUUAAUCGUAGCUUGGUGAACAGCUUUGGAGAAUUCAGUUUCCCCAUUCAAAGAGAUACGAGCUGUACUUGCAUGACUGAAAUAGCUGAGAGACGUUUAAAAGAUGGCCGCAGAGUGAAGUGACUUGUUUUCAAUCCUUUGAGAAUCCUUGUCUUUCGCUUUUGGCAAAUUUUAUUUUCAGUGUCCCAAAAGCAGCUGAAACAGCUUGUAAGUUUUGGCUAACAUGAAAGUAGACGUAGUUCGAGCGGAAUAUCCCACUUCAUCCACAAGCUUCCGCACCCUUCGCUUGCCUGGUUACUACAACAGUUACAGAGAAUUUAGUGUUCACUUGGAGAACUGCAUUGCUGGAAAUGACAGUGGGUUUGGAUUGUUGUAGAAAGUUUUGAUUUGAAAAAGUUUAUUUAAUUUUGUUUUCCAUUGUAUUUUAGCUGUAUAAUUAAAAGAAGAAUCUAAAUGUUGUAUAUCGAAGCAUUGAUCAGUUAUUCAGUGUUCCAAGAUGUUGAAAU